AUGGCUCGUAUAUUCAUCACCGGUUCAAGCGACGGCAUUGGCCAAGCUGCUGCCAAAAUCCUCGCAGAUCAGGGACACUCCGUCGUUCUCCAUGCCAGAAAUGCCGACCGUGCUGCUUCAACUCAGAAAGCAGUUCCUAAAGCAGAGGCUGUCCUAAUCGGCGACCUGCGAUCCAUCUCAGAGACGAAGAAACUCGCUCAAGAAGCCAACGCCUUAGGAAAUGGAACAUUCGAUGCAAUCAUUCAUAACGCAGGCAUCGGGUACGGUUCAACGUCCAGUCGUGAGAUCACCGCAGACAGAAUCUCGGCUGUCUUCGCUGUCAACACUUUAGCACCGUACAUCCUGACCUGUCAGAUGAAGAGGCCCACAUCACGACUGCUAUAUAUGAGUUCGGACAGCCAUUAUGGUGGAGAUGAGAGUUUGCGAAAUGUCACGCAGUCGCAUUCAUACAGUGACAGCAAGCUUCAUGAUGUGAUGCUUGCUAAUGCCUUUGCUCGGCGAUGGGGAAGUGAUAUUCAAGUCGUUAGCAUGCAUCCCGGUUGGGUCAGGACUAAGAUGGGAGGGAGUAUGGCUCCUAGUGGUAUGGAAGAGCCUGCCAAGGCACUGGCCGAAUGGGCGGUUGGAAAGGGUAAGUUGGCCAGCCUGCCUAGUGGGACAUUCUUUACGACGAGCGGUGCGAAGUCGGCGCAUCCAGGGGCUGGGAAUGUGAACAAGCAGGAGGAAUUACUGAAGACAUGCAAGGAUGUGUCUGGGGUUGCCGUUCCGGGAGAGUAG